UUUGUAAGAGUAAAAAACAAAAGUGACAUUUUUUGGCACAAUCAAAGAUAACAUCUUCAUUAGAAAUUGCAACCGAGACUAGUUUUGAUAACACAGUUACCAUCAUAAGUCACUAGCCCUGUGAAUCGUGUUUGUUGGUUUAGUUUGAUAAAAGCACUUUGUGUGUGUUUAGCUUACAUCAAAUGGGAUUAGUUGGAAUGAUUUUGAACGGUUUUGUUUGUUAGUUUCAAAUACUCCCAGCAUUCAAGGACUUUCAUGGAGUGGACCAGAGUGGAAACAAACCAGCCCUCUACCAGAAGACUUCAAUCUACGUGGGUUGACUCCAUUUCAAAAGUUUCAUCUUCAGCUUGAUUUUGACAAACUGUAUAACCUUAGUUCAGAAGAACAAGCUUUCCUUCGUAUCCAGUGUCUACAUAACUUUGGCCAAUUAUUAGUCAGGCUACCAAAGACAGGAAUCACCUUUAAUCCUGAAAAAAAAAUGUAUACCAUAACUGGUAUGGAGAAAAAUACCAGUAGAGUUACAAGCCCAGAAAACACAGAAACUGGAGUAGACCAGCCUGUAGGUCAAAGAAAACAUAUGAUGAGGAACAUGGCACAUCUCUGGUUGAAGGCUGAAGUAAAUGAGCUGGAGUCGAAAGUAAGAAGUGGGCAAUGUCCUCAACUUUCACCUUAUCUUGUUCCUGACAUCAGCUCGUUCUGUCAGAAUUUGGCAUUGUUAAAACAACUGAGGCUGUCAAAGAGGUUUAUUAUUGUAGUGCCAUCUGUUGGUGAGUAUAACAAUGAUUAAGAAAGUUAUCAAUAUUUGUAA